AUGACUACUAUCAAGAAUGUUGCUGUCGUUGGAGGCUCUGGGAAUGUCGGGAAGCCUAUCGUGGCAGGCUUAUUAGCCGCCGGGUUCAAUGUUACGGCUUUGACCCGCGAGUCCUCUUCUUCCACGUUCCCUGACGGCGUGAAAGUCAAGAAAGUGGAUUACGAGUCGGUAGACUCCAUUAAGGAGGCACUGCAAGGCCAAGAUGCCGUUGUUUCGGCAGCAGCCACCAUUGCUGUGGGGAAACAGUAUCCUAUUGUUGAUGCUGCCGUCGCUGCUGGCGUUAAGCGCUUCAUUCCCUCUGAGUUUGGCAUCAAUACCCGAACAGUUAGCAGUCAGGGCCUGAAGACGAUCUUGCAGGGCAAGAUCAAGGCCCUGGAUUAUAUCAUUGAGAAGUCAAAAGCAAACCCCGACUUUACCUGGUCAGGCGUCACCACAGGGCUCUUCUUCGACUGGGGCUUCAGGACAAGCGGACUUGGAUUUAACAAGGAUACUAAGAGCGUGGGGAUCGUCGAUUCGGGCAACACCCCCUAUUUUGCCUCCAACCUGCCCUUCAUCGGGAAGGCUGUCGCAGCCAUCUUGGCCAAUCCAGACAAGACUGCGAACCAGUAUUUGUCCGUUGCCUCCUUUACCGUAUCUCAAAACAAGCUUUUGAAGAUCGUCGAGGAAGAAUCAGGCGCAAAAUGGACUACCAAGCCCGUCAAGUCUCCCGAUCUCGUUAAGGCUGGCGACGAGAAGCUGAGCAAGGGAGACUUCAGUGCAUUCAGAGAUUUUCUGCAGGCCUACCUCUUUGCAGAUGGGGGCGACAGUACGAAGGGUGUAGAGCUUGCAAAUGGGUUGCUAGGGCUCCAGGAAGAGGAUCCUCGGCCUACUAUCAAGGCUUUCCUUGAGGGCAAGUUGUAG